AUGAGUAUAGAUGUUUACAAUGUGGCUCGUUAUAUUGUCCCGUGGGAGUAUAACCACACCGUGUACAACCACACUGUGUUCAACCACACCGUGAACACCCACACCGUGUACAACCACACCGUGUACAACCACACCCUGUACACCCACACCGUGUACAACCACACCGUGUACAACCAUACCGUGUACAACCACACCCUGUACACCCACACCGUGUACAACCACACCGUGUACAACCACACCGUGUACACCCACACCGUGUAUAACCACACCUUGUACAACCACACCGUGUACACCCACACCGUGUACAACCACACCGUGUACACCCACACCGUGUACAACCACACCUUGUACAACCACACCGUGUACACCCACACCGUGUACAACCACACCGUGUACACCCACACCCUGUACACCCACACCGUGUACACCCACACCGUGUACAACCACACCGUGUACAACCACACCUUGUACAACCACGCCGUGUACAACCACACCGUGUACAACCACACCGUGUACACCCACACCGUGUACACCCACAUCGUGUACAACCACACCCUGUACAACCAUACCAUGUACAACCAUACCGUGUACAACCACACCCUGUACACCCACACCGUGUACAACCACACCGUGUACAACCACACCGUGUACAACCACACCCUGUACAACCACACCUUGUACAACCACACCGUGUACACCCACACCGUGUACAACCACACCGUGUACAACCACACCGUGUACAACCACACCGUGUACAACCACACCGUGUACAACCACACCUUGUACAACCACACCGUGUACACCCACACCGUGUACAACCACACCUUGUACAACCACACCGUGUACACCCACACCGUGUACAACCACACCGUGUACAACCACACCGUGUACAACCACACCGUGUACAACCACACCGUGUACAACCACACCUUGUACAACCACACCGUGUACACCCACACCGUGUACAACCACACCUUGUACAACCACACCGUGUACAACCACACCGUGUACAACCACACCGUGUACACCCACACCGUGUACAACCACACCUUGUACAACCACACCGUGUACAACCACACCGUGUACAACCACACCGUGUACAACCACACCGUGUACAACCACACCGUGUACAACCACACCGUGUACACCCACACCGUGUACAACCACACCGUGUACAACCACACCGUGUACAACCACACCGUGUACAACCACACCGUGUACACCCACACCGUGUACAACCACACCGUGUACAACCACACCGUGUACAACCACACCGUGUACAACCACACCGUGUACAACCACACCGUGUACAACCACACCGUGUACAACCACACCGUGUACAACCACACCGUGUACAACCACACCGUGUACACCCACACCGUGUACAACCACACCGUGUACAACCACACCGUGUACACCCACACCGUGUACACCCACACCGUGUACAACCACACCGUGUACAACCACACCGUGUACAACCACACCGUAUAUCGCUAUACUAUUCAUCCCGGUUUAUAUGUUCUUUACCUAGUUGAGAGGCGCAAAGUUCCCAUAACCCAUGAUGGUGGCGGCUAA